AUGUCGGUUGCUCUUACCAUGGCCAUCCCGUUUGUCAUUGCCGGUGUUGUCAAGCACAAGAUCACAGGGCACAAGCCGAACACAGAGCUCAGCCAGGUGGCGGGCAAUGUGUGGCUGUGCAAGGGUUGUGCCCCGCUUGGCUGUCUGGCCAACAUGACCGUUGUGCGGGUGAACGAGAACCAGCUGGUGCUCUUUUCGGUGGCUGCCGCCGAGGACGCGACCUUUGCGGCUGUGGAAGCCCUGGGCGAGGUGGCGGUCAUCGUCGUCACCUCGGAGCAUCACACGUCGUACGGCGCCGCGUGGGCGGCCCGGUUUCCCGAGGCUGUGGUGGUGGGCCCGGGCCCGAUGCUGGACGUCAUCCGCGAACGUGAGCAUGUGCCGGUCACUGCCGCCGCCGAGGACGUGCUCCCAGCGCUGGGCAUCGACGUCGUCACUGCGCCGGAGCCGGCGUGCAAAGGCCGCGAGCAGGUCUACACCUUUGCCAUCGACGGGCUCGACGACGGGGCAGCAUCGCGUGCGAUGCUCCUUGGCUCGGACCUGGUCGUCAACUGGCAGGCCGACGAGACGCCGUUUGCCGACUUGUGCGGCUUUGAGGGCCUCGGGCGUGCCCGGCUGUUCUCGGUCAUCGGCAUCCCGGACCACGCCGCGUGGGCCCGCUUUGUUCUCGACCAGCUCGAGGCCCACGACGACGUCGACGUUGUCAUGUUUGGCCACGGCCCACCGAUCGUUGGCGAUGAUGCGCGUGCCACCGUUGUUGCCGCUGUCAGCUCGCCGACCGGGCAGAUCCGCGCCAACCGCGCCUCGACCUUCCUUGUCCAGUUCGCUAUGCUCGCCGGCCUCGCCUGGGGCUGCAUCGCCCUCGCCCGCCGGUUCGGUCUCUUCUGAUUCGACGCUAUGUCCACGUUUAGUGUGCAGUCUGUAUUGUGCAUCGUGUUGUUCAGUUGCGGCGGCGCUUCUUCUUGUCGCUGCUGCCCCCUGACUUGAGCGACAUGACCAGGUCGUCGACAGUUGACGCCCUCGACAACGAUGUCGCCGCCACGCCGGCUUCAGUCAGCUCACGUGUCGACCCGUCAUCGACCGCGAGGUCGCCGAGGUGCUUCAGCCGCUCCUGGCGCUCCCGCGCCAGCUUUUGUUCAGCCUCCCGUGCCUUGGCCGCCUUCGCGCGUGCCUUGACGAUCUUCUCGCGCACGGCCUCGUACGCCUCGGUAAACUCGGCCAG